AUGCGGGAGCAAUACAUGCGUACUGGUGAAGGAUUUCUUCUUGUAUAUUCAAUGACAUCUCGUAACUCAUUUGAGGAAAUUUCAACAUUUCAUCAACAAAUCCUCCGGGUAAAAGACAAGGAUUAUUUCCCUGUAAUUGUAGUCGGUAACAAAUGUGAUUUAGAGAUGGAACGACAAGUUUCAGGACCUGAGGGUCGGGAACUCGCAAAAACGUUCGGUUGUAGGUUCAUUGAAACAUCUGCCAAACAACGUAUUAAUGUUGACGAAGCCUUUUAUAACCUUGUUCGUGAAAUUCGACGAUACAACAAAGAACAACAAUAUGGGAACCGACCUACGAAUGGACCAGGAAAUAACGAAUUUACCGAUGGAACAGAUGAAAAUGGUGGUUGUUGUUGUGUGGUUAUGUAA